GCGUCUGAUGCUCAGCCAAGACCAUGCCUCUAAGGGUUCAGUACUCUGCAGUACUGUCUCUCUACGGAAGAUGUGGUAGCACAUAUGUGCAAAACAAAUCUCUUCUCCAUCAUUCUCAUACAGAUUCCAUGGCGCCCGGAGAAUAGUCCUCACUCUCGCCUUUGCGGAAAAGUCUGACUCCAUAGCGGGUACUGCACUACCUAGGUAGGCGUUGGCACACAUACAGAGGUGGCAGCAGCAAGCACCCGGCGGGCAUUUGAACACCACGCCCCUUGGUGACGUCUUUUGAAAGUAUUUUCUGUCUGACGAACCCAACUGCACUUUUCUCUUCCGACUGCCUCACGGCGAGAGAUGACACAGGAUUGACGGUACUCACACGCCUCAUGUACCUUGACUUUGUACGCUCCCUUCCUGUCGCCAACUCAGAACUCAGUCGGUCUAGUGCCCGUUAGAGCCGCGUCACAGAGAUGUGUCUCAUUGCGCCCCUUUUUCUUAUACCGGACGCUGAGGAGUUGGGAAAACUUUGACAGACGGACCGCCCCGAACCAGGGAGAACUUCCCCUAGGCACCUCCCGUAUGCUGGACGGCAAACCCUCUGGUUGGAGCCUUUCGUACGUUGUUUUAUUCGAAACCCCUAGAAGGGUCAACACGAUUACAUCCACGACUGGACGAGGCGGACUUCCUAAGGAUUGACUACUGAAUAUGACCGAUACAGGCUUACCAUCAAUAUGACUGGACUUCCGGCGAAAUGAUGCGAAAGCGAUCGAUAGACGGGUGUCGAUGAAUUCCUAGCCGUCUCAGCUCAACGUUCUCCGCGUGCACGGCUUUCUCGCUCCCUUGAGCAUGGAGCUCACCGUACUAUUGUCCGGUAGCCUCGCCCAGGACAGAUCAUGGUUUUUACUUUUGGUCGUCGGCCAAUCAGCGGACCUGAAGGUCUUGGGGCACUCCUUGAGCACACAGCGUGGCUUGUCUAAUCCUCCGCCCCCCUGUAUCAUCACAGGAGCAAAGGAAAAAUACACAAAGUCAAAUUUUGCAGGCGCAGGAUGUGAGGGUGGAUCAAAUGCAGGUUGGCAUUUGAGGCCCAACUAGAUGCAUUCUUCCGAACAUGACAGCCCGUUGAGCGACAACUAGUUGCACAAAGAGCUCCGCAAGCCAUCCCCCCUCUGAUUGGAUAGGAAUCUCUUCAGCAUCCCGGAUUCCCUCUGGAAAGGUGUGAUACAGUACUUUACUGUACUAGCAUGCAGCUGGUGCAUCCAGGCGUCUUCUCUCACAGCAAAAAGGAUAUGAAGGUCAGUCUAGGAACCCUUUUGUUUGCGUUCCGGCGCCGUUCCCUCCACGCCUUCCCACACCCCUGCCUGUUUGCAUGGUCCCCCCCUCCAAGCAUCAAGCAUGUACCAUCAUAUGCACCUCUGAAUCAACUUGCUCGUUCGGAAUAAUAGAAUUCCCACCUUGGACUUUCUUUGUUCUGGCUUUUAAGCCUUAAGCACUGAGCUUCCCAACUGUUUGUCGCAAUCCGCAGUCAACAAUCCAAGAUCUUAUUGUUCUAUUCUCCACUGCCCUUUGGCUUAGACAGCGUCCACGACAGAUCUGUUCAUCAUCACCGAUCAAGAAGUCCCUGUGAAAAAGUGUCCGCGACCCAUUGCUUGAUUCAGAUCUUCCAACCGCUCAAUGGGUAGAGUGGUGAAAAUGGAAGCUGAAAUCUCAACACACCGUCAUGAGGUCUACUGCAAGGUCGAAGAAUUUGAGCAUUCACACAUCAUGAUCGCCAGAGCAUUCCAUGAGCAGAAUCUGGAGUCAUCGUCUUCAGCACCAUCCCACCUGCCAAUGUACCACGGUCAGCAAGAUGCAGAUGUCCACCCACUGCUCAAGCUGGAAAAUCUGGACGACAUCCCCUACGAGAACUUGCGUGUUCACCACGAGGACAUCUUCCCUGCAGGCACCCAACUGCACCUUUCCGAUCUCGAACUUGAACCAACCUGGGCACCUCAUCAACUGUAUCCGCAACUCAUCAGCAGUGCUGUCGGACAGUCCAACGAAUUCGAUGGGCUUCCGCUGCUACCAUAUACACCAGAUCCAAUCGCAGUCACUCAGUCAGCGUAUCCAUGCUAUGAAGAGCAGGGUGUCUGGCUGUCAUCUCCGGAAUACGGCCAGUGCAGAUCUCUCACCACGACGGAGGACGACGAGGACGUGGUUGAUGACAAGCCGUACGCCCGACUCAUCUACGAAGCCCUGAUGCAGGCGCCCGGCCACAGGAUGAUGCUCCGAGAGAUCUACGAAUGGUUUCGCCACAACACCACGAAACCUCAAGAGUCUGGAUCAAAUGGUUGGCAGAAUAGCAUUCGGCACAACCUGUCCAUGAAUAAGGCAUUCGAAAAUGACAGGGAUAGCGCAAAGGGGAACUCAAGGAAAGCUACUAGCGUCUGGAUCCUCACCGACGAGGCGAUCAAGAAUGGUGUGCAAUCGACCACCAGAUAUCGCAAGACUGGAGCAGGCAAAAAGCCGGUGGGGGGCCGCCUUCCAGCCAUUAAACGUCAAAGAGCCGGAGCAAAAGGGGGGCGAGCAGCGCGCCAUGCAGCCAAAAGGAAGUAUCAGGACCAAGCUGCCUUCACUGACUCGACGGCCACACCAAGCCCAUCGACCGCAUCGUAUUCCGAUUGCACCGACUACCAAAGCUUUGACUUUCACGAUCCACGACCCACGGUGAGGAGUUGGCCAAUGACCCCUGUGGAGCCGAAUCUGGCACCCGAAGAAGCGAAUUUGCUCCGAUGUCUGUCCCCACAGAGCACUCUGGGUUUCAGGGCGCAGCACAUGGGCUAUGGAGAGGAGAACGUGCACUUGCAGAAUGCUCUCUUGCAGUCGAUGCGAGAUCAGCAGUUGGAGGAACUCGUCAGAUUGCAUGUGGACUGAGCCCGCAGCUGAAGGCCCUCUUUUUCUCCGGGGUUGUACUCAUCUUAUUGGGUACCAAUUAAUGACUUGCAUGAAGGAAUCUCAGCAGAGCGUGUCCAGCUGUCUGGUCCAGAGAUCAGCAGACCGGGACACUUGUUAUGGUCAAGGAAGUCGGCGAUUCCGUCAAGGCCUGAAGGUCGACCAAAAUUGUCAUUGGACAUGGCCAUACGUCCACGAGCUUUUGUGGGACUUUGCAUAGGAGCAUCCUGUUGCCACUGUGACUGACGCACCAGCUUACGACUGUACUAUACCCCCCUUGGUGCCCCCUUUAGCAGGGCGGACACGAAUGUAUUGGAUAAUGGACAAGCGAGCUGCAAGAGGCGAGGAGAGGG